UAUCUUUGUUGCACUUUACUUGAGUCUAGCCCUAGGUGGAGCUACGUUCGACUUCUGGGGAAUUCGAAAUUUGGUGUGAAAUAGAAUAAAGAAAAAGAAAAAACAUGCGCAAUGGCACUUACAGAAAUAACCUCACCACGUGUAAACAAACAACAACAACAACAAACCUUUUCAAAUUCAAACUUCUUGCAGUUUGGGUCGCAGUACGCUGAAUAAGUUUUCCUUUUUUUAUAAUACAAAGUGAGUUCGAGUAUGGCUGCAAAAAGUUGUAUAGUCUGUGGAGACACCGAGUUCGAAGUGAAGAAAUUAUUUUGUUUUCCAUCAAAUCCAGGAAGAUGUGAAUCGUGGAUGAAAAUUCUAGGUUUCAAAAACACCCAAUUUAAAAAACACCAUCGAAUUUGUGAUAAGCAUUUCAGCAACGAAGCUUACAUGGACUUGAGGUUAUUAAAACUGAAGAGAGAUGCUAUUCCUAUAGCAUGGGUAAUUCCUUCAUUUCCAGUUCUAGCAAAAGAGGGAGACACUAUGCCUUCUGUAAUUGAAGACGUAUUUCCAGUUGAAUCUAGUUCUUCAACAUUAUCUUCAUCAGUUCUAGCUAAAGAGGGAAACACUAUACCUUCUUCGAAUGAAAAGGAAUUUGCAUCUAGGACUUCAACAAUUCCUUCAUCAGAUGCACAAGAUCCUACCCCUAGCGCAUCUUCAUCAGCAUGCCCAAGUACACCACAUGGGAGGUCUAGGGCGAAGAUAUUCCGUAAUAUUGAUAAUUUUACCUUAUCAAAUUCUACCCCUAGAAAGAUGAAGUUGGUUGUUCUUAUAUCGGAAAAAGGAAGACCAACUACGCAAAGUUAA